AGCGAUGAGCUCAUCUGGGUUUCUGUUGCGGUGCUACAUCCUGUCGCCUCCCACUCGCAAUAGCUGUUGCAUGGACACGGAACAAGGAAGUUCUACACCUGUAGCUUUUGCGUGUCUAUCCAGCUUCCAACAUUUAUCACAUUUCCUCCAAGAAUAAAGACUCAUGAUGGCAAACGAGGAGGAAGGAGUUCCUGAGGAGAAGCAGUAUAGUGCGCUCAGCCCCUCGUUCAGCGGACCAGAGGACUCUCAGCAGGCCGCUGGCCGGGCUGAGGACACCGGGGAGCAGAAGACGGAUCUCGGCGCGGCCCGCUCCCAAUUCAGGAGCCCCUCCAUAGGUUCCUGCCUGCAGCAGUUCAAAAUGAGGAAGUUCUUUGUGUUGAGGCCUGGCACUCUCAAUCAGGCCAUGCAAGACGUCGAAUCACUGGUGAAUAAAGAGGAAGACGGCAUCAUUCACGGCAUCUGGCUGAUGGCAGAGGUUGAUCACUGGAACAAUGAAAAGGAGCGCCUUGUUCUCAUCACAGACAACACUCUUAUGAUCUUCAAGUAUGACUUUGUCCUGCUCUGCUGCGAGCAGAUCCAGAAGGUCCAGUUGAACUACAUAGACCGAAUUUCUCACGGUUCCUUCAGUUUCCCAAAGCGCUCGCUGCUCAAGAGAGACGGGGAGGGGGUGCGUGUCUUCUGGGACCGGCUGAAGGAACCCUCCUUUGCCUCCAGAUGGAACCCCUUUGCCAAUGAUUUCCCCUUCAUCACAUUCACUCACCAUCCUGUGAGGAACAUCGAUGACACCUUUGCUGCACUCUGUGACAUCCAGGCCUUUUCUGAGGAGCUCAAAGAGACAGCCCAGAGAGCCCACAGCAAAAACCCAGUUCCUGGGAAAGCCAACGGAGUUCUGGUCCUUCAGCAACCAAUCCACAUCGAGACAUACGUGGGCGCCAUGUCCUUUCUUGGAAACCAGAAUAAACUGGGCUAUUGCAUGGCUAGAGGAAACCUUGGAUUUUAAACAUUUGAGCUUUUCAGUAAAACACUUUUGAUGUUUACUCCAAUGUUAAAAUCUUAAACCUGCUUUAAAUUUUCCAAAAAAAGAUAAUGGAAACCUCACAAAACACAGCGAGUUUUCUUUGCUUUUGUUUUACAGAAGGUUUAGUUUCCACUGUUCUUUACUGGUGUGUGGUUGCCAGAAAUAUCUAGGUUUCAGCACACUUCUUAACUGGGUGACAGAUUCGCUGCUGCUUAAAAGCUGUGAUAUGGUAAUCUAAUUCUUUUCUUCCUCCCCCAGUAUUUCUGUUAGGGACUCAUUCCCCAUGCCAUUCCACCCCUUAGAGAUUCACUGGAGCAUAGGGGCUCAUUUGUCAGCAGAGUUUUUUAUCAUUCUCACUGUAUUUUUACAGUGCAUACAGUUGAGGAAUUUCCCCUUGGUUUGUGUGUUUGCAGCUUGGUGCUUUCAGAUUUUUUUUGUGCCUUGUGGGUUUGUCUCAUAAGCCUCAUAUAGAACGGUUUUCUACUUUUUUCUGGGCAUCAUGCUGUUUUUUCCAGAAUAUUUGUCCUUGGUAACAGCCUGUUAACAGCUAGUUUAUCUUAACAUUAUUGCAUACAUUUAUUGAUGUCUACAAUGGGGGAACAGCUGAUACAGUUGUUUACAAAACAAGUAAAUGAUUGAAGUGGUGUAUAUGAAGAAUUCAGUGAAUACAAAAUUAAAUCUGAUCUGAUUACAA